ACUGUUAUCCAUAAAACCUACCGCAUGAGAGCUCGGGCCCACUGCCCCACUUCCCAACGUUCGGACUCCUGCCACUGGUGUAAAAAAAAAAAUGCUUCGAUAUUUUUUCCUUCCUCGAAGCCCUCGAGAAUCGCAAGGACGCAGUCAAACCGCUGCUUCCCACCACCUCAACGGCGACCAGCAAGCACACUUGGGCUCACCAGUGCUAGCUGCCCACUAUGCCUCUCUUCAUUCUCGCAGAGACUAGCGCCGGCUAUGGUCUUUUCAAGGCCGCCGACAAGAAGCUACUCGAUGACGACAGCAUCACGGAGCGUCUGUCGACUGUUGACAAGAUUGUAAAGGAGAUCAAGUAUAAGCAAUUUGCCAAGUUCGAAAGCGCUGCCAGUGCGCUCGAGGAAAUCACAGGCUUAAUAGAGGGCAAGGUCACACCAAGACUUGCCCAUCUGCUUGAGGAGUUCAAGGAUGAGAAGAAGGUCACAUUGGCGGUGAACGAGACCAAGCUUGGAAGCUCCAUCCUCAAGCUGCCCCAACUCAACAUCAAGCCCGUUGCGGACGGCACGACAAAUGAACUCUUCCGUGCCAUUCGUCAGCAUCUUCCCGAUCUGAUUCCGGGUAUGCUGCCUGAGAAUUUCAAGGAGAUGACGUUGGGUCUUGCUCACUCGCUCUCCCGACACCGCCUCAAGUUCUCGCCCGAGAAGGUUGACGUUAUGAUUGUCCACGCUGUGUCCCUCUUGGACGACCUCGACAAGGAAUUGAACACAUACGCCAUGAGAGUAAAGGAGUGGUAUGGCUGGCAUUUCCCCGAAUUGGCCAAGAUUCUUCCCGACAAUCUUUCCUACGCCCGCAUCAUCGUUACGAUGGGUGUCCGAGCCAACGCCCCUAAGGCAGAUCUUUCAGAGAUCCUCCCCCACGAGAUCGAGACGGCCGUCAAGGCCGCUGCUGAUAUUAGCAUGGGCACAGAGAUUGGUCCUGAGGACUUGGAAAACAUCUGCCAGCUCGCUGAAUCGGUAAUCAACCUUUCCGAGUACCGAAAGCAACUUUCGGAGUAUCUCGAGAACCGCAUGAGGGCCAUUGCCCCCAACAUGACGGAACUUGUCGGUGCUCUUGUUGGUGCGAGACUUAUCGCCCACGCAGGAUCGCUCAUGAGCCUGGCCAAGAGCCCCGGUAGCACCAUUCAGAUUCUGGGUGCCGAGAAGGCGCUCUUCCGUGCUCUCAAGACCAAGCACGCGACUCCCAAAUACGGUCUGAUCUACCACGCUUCUCUUGUUGGCCAGGCCUCUGGAGCAAACAAGGGCAAGAUGGCUCGUCAACUCGCCUCCAAGGUGGCUCUGGGUGUCCGCACAGAUGCCUUGGCAGAAUUUGAGGAAAAUGCCGCCGACGAGACACGCGCAAACCUCGGAAUACGGUCCAAGGCCAGACUUGAGAACAACCUCAGACAUCUUGAGGGCAAGCCUCUUUUCUCCAAAGGCUCCUCAGCAAAUGACAUGCCCUUGGGCGCGCCCAAGUGGGACAUCAAAGAAGCUCGCAAGUAUAAUAUCGACGCUGAUGGUCUGCUUGGAGAGGAGCCUUCUGCCAAGAAGAGGGCUCUGAUCGAAGAGGUUCCCGAGGUAGAAAUGGAAGAUGUUGAACCCGACCACGAAUCAGAUGUGGAGAUGAAGGAGACUCCCAAAAAGAGUGGAAAGAAGGCGGCGGACCCUGACUCUGAAGAUGAGGAGGAAUCUCGUUCGGCCAAGAAGGCCCGCAAGGAGAAGAAAAAGGCCGCCAAAUCCAAGAAGGCCCCCGAGGGAGCCGCGACACCGGUAUCCAGCUCCAAGAAGAACGUGGAGGCGCCACAGACUGCGGCAUCCAAGACGCUCAGCUCCAAGGACAUCGGGCGCCUUGCCAAAUCUGCCGGCCUGUCAGUUUCCAAGUUCACUCGCCGCUACGAGCGUGGUCAGGUCAAGCUAAACCCGGACGGCACUAUUGAUGUUCUGAGCAAGAAGGACCUAAAGGAGCAGGAGGCUGAGGAGGAGACGCCGGUGAAGGCCAAGGGUUCCAAGCGCAAGCACGAUGCCGAAGAGGAAGAGGAGGCAGAACAGACACCCGCGAAAGAAGACAAGCCGAAGAAGAAGAAGAAGCACCACAGCGAUGCAUGAGGCUGCUGCUUUCUGACUGAUUCUUCUGUAUGAUACAUUUUGCGGUUAUACCAACUCUUGUCACCUGGCGUUUGGAAUGGGGUAAACGGCGUCAUUGGAGCAUAGUCUGCGCUUUGUAGUGUCACGGGGCGCUGCAUCUUGGAGGUGACUGGAAAAAUGGGCUGAGAGGCUUUGGCUGCCGAAUGUUGAGUGAUGGUAGCGCUCUACUUAGUGAGCAGCGAUCAUGUUCAUUGAACCAUAAAGGAGCGUGUGUCUGGCUUGCUCUCUAGUAUAAGAAUUAAAAAUGAUAUAAGGUCG